CCAGUGGCGACGAUGUUGGCGUCAGCCGCGGCCGGGACCUAGGCGGCGGCAGCGCGGCCAGGAGAGUCCGAUUGCAGAAUCUGCAGUCUCUUUUGUCUUCAUUGUGAAAUAGUUGUCUGGCAUUUGUCUGCAAGGCAUAAUUCCGGUGCUGCUGUGCAUUGUUGAGAGAUGGAUGAUCAGGCUGCUUUGAGGAAAGUGAGUGGUUCCUCAGACUCUGUUUCCACAGUGAACAGCGAGGAGUUUGUCAUUGUGCCUCAGCAUGCAGAGGAUUCUUCCUCCACCAAUGGGGAGGACAAACCAGCAUUGAAGAUUGCUUGUAAUGGGGAUGAGCAGCAGCUAAAGGCGGCACUGGAGGAAGGCCAGAAAGACGAAAUACCAACUGGAGCAGGAGGAGAGAGGGGAUGUAGAAGCGUGAUGACCCAAGAAGAAUUGGUGAAACAAAAGCCUCUGUAUUUAAUCUUGGAUUCCUCUGCAAUGGAAGAGCUGCACGUACUAAAGGGUGCAUCACCAACUGCUGAGGAAGAGGAGAGCGUGCUGUUCAAUAAGUUAACCUACCUUGGAUGCACUAAGGUAACCUCUCCACGCAAUGAAGGGGAGGCUCUUCGUGCUAUGGCCAAACUGCGUUCCAGUUGUCAAGUUCCUAUUCCCGUUACCUUGUAUGUGCCUAAUGUUGCUGACGGAUCUGUAAGGAUAAUUGAUCAGGCUACGACUACAGAGAUAGCUGCGUUUCCCAUAUAUACAGUGCUGUUCUGUGUCCGAGAUGUUGAUGGGACUUCAGAGAGUAAUUGCUUUGCAUUUACUGAAAGUUACUGCAGUACAGACGAGUUCCAGCUUCAUGUGUUCUGUUGCGAGAUCAAAGAAGCUGUCAGUCGAAUUCUGUACAGCUUUUCUACUGCUUUCCGCCGGUCUUCCAAACAGACAGCAGAAGUAAAAGACGUGGGUGAUACAAGCCCUGAGAGUGACAGCUAUAACUUCACGGUCUCUCUUGAAGUGAAGGAGGAUGAUGGAAAAGGCAACUUCAGUGCUGUACCGAAGGACAGAGACAAACUUUAUUUUAAGUUGCGACAAGGGAUAGAGAAAAAAUUAAUAAUCAAUGUGCAGCAAACGUCAAACAAUGAACUCGCCAUUGAGAGGUGUUUUGGCAUGCUCUUGAGCCCAGGGACAAAUGUGCGGAACAGUGACAUGCAUCUGCUUGACAUGGAGUCCAUGGGAAAGAGUGCUGAUGGGAAAUCCUAUGUCAUCACAGGGAUGUGGAACCCUAAUGCUCCUGCCUUUCAGGCACUGAAUGAAGAAACCCCCAAAGAUGUGAGGGUGUACAUGACGGUGGCAGUGGAUUUGGUGAUCACUGAAGUGGUGGAGCCAGUUCGGUUUCAGUUAGAAACUGUGGUCCGUGUGUAUUCAGCCAAUGAGAGGUUCUGGUACUUCAGCAGAAAGACCUUCACUGAAGCAUUCCACAUGAAGCUGAAACAGUCAGAAGGUAGAAACCAUGCUGGUAGUGUUGACGCAAUGUACGAAGUGGUGUCCCUGCAGAAGCAAUCUGAGAGGGAUAGAACUGCACCUCCUGCAACUGGCUUCAUGCUGUACCUUGGGAGACAGACCAGUGUGACCCUUUCACCCCAGGAUGAUGAGGAAGAAAAAGACAGUGAUAAUGAAUUGUCAAGCGGCACUGGGGACGUUUCCAAAGAGUGUCCUGAGAAAAUCCUGGAAUCGUGGGGGGAUUUGCUGCAGAGAUGGCACAGCAACCUGACUACCAGACCCAAGGGGCUGCCUGUCCUUGUCAGACGUGGUGUUCCAGAAGCACUCAGAGCAGAAGUUUGGCAACUGUUGUCGGGUUGUCACGACAACCAAGCAAUGCUGGAAAAGUACAGAAUCCUGAUCACUAAGGAUUCUGUUCAGGAGAACGUCAUCACCCGUGAUAUUAAUCGGACUUUUCCAGCCCAUGAUUACUUCAAGGACACUGAUGGGGAUGGACAAGAUUCACUGUUUAAGAUCUGUAAGGCUUACUCUGUGCACGAUGAGGACAUCGGUUAUUGCCAGGGCCAGUCUUUCCUCGCUGCUGUUCUCCUGCUGCACAUGCCAGAAGAGCAAGCAUUUUGUGUCCUGGUGAAGAUCAUGUAUGACUAUGGUCUCCGAGAACUCUACAAGAACAAUUUCGAGGAUCUUCACUGCAAGUUUUACCAACUGGAAAGGCUACUCCAGGAGCAGCUGCCCGAACUCUACAAUCACUUCCUGGACCUGAACUUGGAGGCACACAUGUAUGCUUCACAAUGGUUUCUCACGCUCUUCACUGCCAAGUUCCCUCUCUGUAUGGUCUUCCACAUCAUCGACCUGCUGCUCUUCGAGGGACUGAGCAUCAUUUUCAAUGUGGCCCUGGCUCUACUGAAGACCUCAAAGGAGGACUUGCUACAGGCCGAUUUUGAAGGGGCUCUGAAGUUCUUCCGUGUCCAGCUGCCAAAGCGAUACAGAGCCGAGGAAAAUGCCAGGAGAUUAAUGGAGCAAGCCUGCAAUAUAAAGGUGCCAACAAAAAAACUGAAGAAAUACGAGAAGGAAUACCAAACCAUGAGGGAACAGCAGGCACAGCAGGAAGAUCCCAUCGACAGAUACAAGCGGGAGAACCGGCGUCUGCAGGAGGCCAGCCUGCGCCUGGAGCAAGAGAACGAUGACCUGGCUCACGAGCUGGUGACCAGCAAGAUCGCACUAAGGAAUGACCUGGAUCAGAUUGAAGACAAAGCGGAUGUCCUCAACAAGGAGCUCCUGCAGACCAAACAGAAGUUGGUGGAGACGGAGGACGAGAAGAGGAGGCAGGAGGAGGAGUCAGCCCAGAUUAAGGAGGUUUUCCGCAGAGAGUUGGAGAAAGCGGAAUCAGAGGUGAAGAAGACGAGUGCUAUAAUUUCAGAGUACAAGCAGAUCUGUUCACAGCUGAGCACACGCCUAGAGAAGCAGCAGGCCGCCAGUAAGGAGGAGCUGGAGAUGGUAAAGGGUAAAGUGCUGUCUUGUGAACGGUGCUGCGAGCUCUUCAGAAAGGACGGUGAGCUGAUCCUGGAACCUGGACAGGCCAACGUGCACCAGGAUGUGGACGAGGAGAAGGAACUCCUAAAGAAGCAGCUGAGGGAGAUGGAACUGGAGCUGGCACAAACCAAACUGCAGCUCGUGGAGGCUAAAUGCAAAAUACAGGAGCUGGAGCACCACCGGGGAACUCUGCUCAACGAGAUUCAAGCCACCAAAAACUCCUGGCUCAGCAAGACUCUGAACUCUAUCAAAACUGCCACCAGCACACAGCCCCCGCCUACUCCCCCUCCCAAGGAGAGCACAUAGUCCUGGCCAGCUCCAAGCAGUGUGUGAGCAGCAGCCUGACCACCACCCCACUCAGCCAGGCUGCACAGAGGGAGGGCCAGUCCACACAGAGGAAAGGCGGGUCCUGAAUGGGCUGCCAAUUGUUGACCCUUUUGUACAUUCAUGGACUUUGUCAUUACUUAAUCCAAUGUUACUAACUGUUGGUUUGUGUAUUGUAAGGCAACAAAUGUAUUUUAUAUUACCUUGGUGUUCCCUUCAUCGCCAUUGGUUUUUGAUCGACGUUGCCGCUGGAUAAUGUAGUAAAAGCACCAGUUCCGUACUCUGCAUGAGGGAAGGUCUCCCUGCAGUAUUCCCCUCCUAAUCUAACAACAUUCUCCCUCCCUCCCUGAGCUCAGUGACUGGCAACGAUCAAGCUCUGUCCCAGACUGAGAACCAUUGAGCUCUGUCCCAGACUGAGAAUGAUUGAGCUCUGUCCCAGACUGACAGAACGAUCGAGCUCUGUCCCAGACUGAGAGCAAUUGAGCUCUGUCCCAGACUUACUGAGGACAAUCGAGCUCUAUCCCAGACUGACUGAGAAUGAUUGAGCUCUGUCCCAGACUGAGAAGGAUCGAGCUCUGUCCCAGACUGAGAGCAAUUGAGCUCUGUCCCAGACUUACUGAGGACAAUCGAGCUCUAUCCCAGACUGACUGAGAAUGAUUGAGCUCUGUCCCAGACUGAGAAGGAUCGAGCUCUGUCCCAGACUGAAAGCAAUUGAGCUCUGUCCCAGACUGACUGAGAACGAUUGAGCUCUGUCCCCGACUGACUGAGAAUGAUCGCGCUCUGUCCCAGACUGAGAACAAUCGAGCUCUGUCCCAGACUGAGAGCAAUUGAGCUCUGUCCCAGACUUACUGAGAAUGAUUGAGCUCUGUCCCAGACUGACUGAGAACGAUCGAGCUCUGUCCCAGACUGAGAGCAAUUGAGCUCUGUCCCAGACUUACUGAGGACAAUCGAGCUCUAUCCCAGACUGACUGAGAAUGAUUGAGCUCUGUCCCAGACUGAGAACGAUCGAGCUCUGUCCCAGACUGAGAACGAUCGAGCUCUGUCCCAGACUGAGAACGAUCGAGCUCUGUCCCAGACUGAGAACGAUCGAGCUCUGUCCCAGACUGAGAACGAUCGAGCUCUGUCCCAGACUGAGAACGAUCGAGCUCUGUCCCAGACUGACUGAGAAUGUCCCACUGCUCACACCCAUUUGCCCAGCUGGCUUCAGUUGCAUUGUUUGUGUUGGUUGCUGAGCCUCACGGCCAUUCGCUGGACAUCUCAUGUGUUACCUAAACAUCCUGCAUGGAUCUUCCUGCAGGACGGCCCCAACCUUCUCCUCCUAGAGUCUUUACGAACCGAUGUGUGUAGACGUGGCAAUGUAACUGAUACAGACUCAAUUUGCACAAUGUAUAAAGAAAUAAUCUAUCUUGUUUCUCUAAUUUUCAAACUGGCUCGGUAUUAAAUGUAGUUAAAUUUAGGAGAGAUUUUAUGCUUAACCUGCUUCCUGUUCUGGAAGGAGGUAGGUUCCUUUUGUUUCUGGUUGUCUAUAGUUUCAGGCUCCCCAUCUCUUUACUCAUGGCACAGACCAGCCCCAUGGGACAGCUUGAAUUUCUAACAGUUGUAUUUUCGAAAAUAAAGUAACUGGCUCAGA